CCUUCGCGGCGCGUCACAAAUCAAAACGAGCCGAACGCACGCACCCACUCUCUCCCAUUCCCAGCGCGAGAACACCAACACUAGGCCCACACAAGAGGACCCCGCCACUUGCUACCCCUCUCUCUGUUGGCUACAUCAAGAAUCGUCAUCACCCGCGUCGACCACACAGGGUCACAUCACUCGAGACUUUAAAAUGACCAAACAAAACUCCGCGGCCGUCAUCAUCCUCCAGGUCGUCCUCGUCGCGUCCGCCGUGGCGGCCUUCGUCCCCGCGCCGCCGGCCCUCCGCUCGACGACCAUCCUCGGCGAGGUAGCCCAAGUCAGGAACCGCAUGGAGAGGAGCGCCUCUUACUCGAGUGGGGACAGCAGCAGCAGCGGCGGCGGCCGCAAGAAGACGACGACGACCCGCAGCGGCUCCCCGGCGGCGUUUGGGUGGGGCACGGCAGCCGAUGCAAGACCAGCCGCCGCAGGGACGGCAGCGUGGGGGGCGAAGCCACGCAAGGCGGAUUGGUCGAAGCUCUUUGCGGCCCCUGAGCCCGAGCCGGUGCAGGGGAGGCCCCUGGCGGUUCUCAGCCGGAGCUUCGCCGGAGCAGCGCAAGGCAGCUGUUACUCAUCGCCUCUGUUUUUGGGUAUGUCGUUGCUGCUGUCCCUCUUUUCUCCUAUAGUUGCGGCCCAAUCCCUCGUGGCGUGGGGGCUCGGUAGGGCCACGUACUGGCUGUCGAUGAGGGGCGAGGAUGUGUCUCGCAGGAUGCCCGCUGGUUUCGUCGGGUACGCUUCGCUGUUUUUGGUGGUCGGCGGUCUAGCUUUCAUGAACGGCCUCAAAGGAAUCUCGGCUCUGCGUAUUUAGUUCAAUGAGCUGCAGUUGCCGUAAAAAGUAAUUGUAGUGUGUUCGGCUCUCCCGCCACCACCUCGGUUGGUUGUGUUAGACGCUCCCUCUCCCCCACGCCUUGCAAGCCCCCCCCCAGCUGAGGAGUGCGAGGAAAAAUGUAUAAAAAAAAUGUACACAGCCAUGUAGUCUAGGUGAUUAGUUUGGUGUUGUCGCUUGUUGUGCGUGCGUGCGCGUGCGUACUGAUGACCAUCCAUCCAUCCAUGCAGAAACAUCAUGGACGAGGUGCAGCUGCUCGCUGUUGUUCCUGUAGUGGGCGGUCCUCGCUCUGAAUGUUGAAAUUCUGUGUGAAACAUUUGCCGCCCCGCGUGUCUUGUUUGUAACAUGUGGUAUUAGUCUAGUUUAAGGAUUGAUUACGUUGUGCGGUUCCCGGCCUGAUGCUUGGCUGUCGACGCCCUCUCUGGUGUGUGUUUUCUCGAAAAACAUGUAAGCUGGGGGCGACUCCCCUUACAGCAGUAGGCAAAAAAUACCUCCCACCAAGAUUAAGAUUUCUGUCGGGGAGUCAAGUAGUUGCCAUUGAACCCAGUGUAGUGAGGAUGUCCACGAUUAAUCUUUUGUAGGCGUGUGGCUGGCUGGCCAAGCUCGACUCUGUGUAGGGUU